AUGCCUCGCGUGUUCACCGCCGAUGAAAAAGGCACUAUCGUGGACUGCUCGUUCUGGUUGGGCCAGUCGGUUAGGGACGGAAAUGUGGAGCAGUUCGUCACGCGCGUUACCGAGGUGGUUUGUGACACCCACGAUCCUCUGCCGCGUGGCCACAAGCCUGGAGGAAACCUGAGCGUCCUACGCCGUGCCAACAUCCACCCGCUUGUCUCGGCAGCGCUUCACGAGGCCUCUCUCGACCGCUUCCCUAUUGUCCCAGACGUUCUGUGGGCCAGGUUUCUCUCUUAUCCUGUGGGAGGGGUCCGUUGGCGAAGAGCUGUCGCACCUUUCCGUGAGCGAUAUGAGAUCAUGAGGGCUCUCUACGGAGCAACAGGUGAAGGCGAGCGCAUUCCUAGGCCCACCAACCUCGUCGCGCGGGCUCGGUUGCAUCGUCGACAUGAGGAGGCCGAGAACGUUCGUCGCCACCUCGUCUACUUUAGGCGAAGAGAGGCUCAGGAGGCGCAGGGGGGGGGUGCACAUAGAGAGACCAUUUUCGUUAGUGCCAGUGAAAGCGAGAGUGAGAGCGACAACGGGCAAGAUGAUGACACCGCUGACACUGCUGACUUGGAGGGAUGGGAGGCAUGGGUGCGCUAA